GCGGGGAGCGGGGAGCCGGGAGCGGGGUCCCCGCACCGGGAGCAGACGCGGGCGGCGCGGCCCCAUCGCGGGGCCUGGGGGGCGCAGACCGCGGAGCCUGCGGCGGCGGAAGAUAACAGAACUCAGAAGCUACAAUUUAUAAGCUAAGAGUCUACACAUCUUUAAUCUUUGCCAGUUUCUGGAAACAAAACACAAUUUUGAUGCCUACGGACUGUCAUAUUUUUAUAAACCAAAGAAAUGUAGCAGGCUUGCGGAUGCAGUGUCUCUACUGGAGCAAAAAGAUGUAAAGUGAUAUAUGUAGAGAAGAAGCUGAGAAAAAAAAAAUGUGAAGUCAUAGAAUGCAAUUUUUGUCAUCUGAAAUUUUGUGAAAUGAGUCUUAUUUUCUGAGCUACCAUUUUCCAUCCACGUUGCUGCUGCUUCUGGUGUGUUGUAUUUUUAAAACCAUGUACACAUCUGAGACUUGAAUGUUUUCCUGAUUGAGAGAAGUCUUCUGCUCUUUCACCGGGUAGAAGAUUUCUAAGCACUGACCGAUGCCUUUCAGGAGCUGGAGAGGAGAGGGGGAUCCGAAGCAGGCCUGCCCCCCUCUGUGUUGCAGAAGGGACGCACUCAGCAGCUUCCAGGAUGAGCCCCUAGACUAAGCGCACGCAGAUGUCCUAGGCCUCAACCACUGAAGGCACCUUUGAAAACCAAGUUCUAAGUCUCUCUUGUUCAGUAUUCCAGGCAUGUGGAUGGAGCUGCGUGUUCUUGUCACUUAUAUUUCUGCCUUUGAAACUUGUUUCAAAAGAAUCUGCAGCGGUAGGAAUUAGCUGACAGCAGUUUCAUCCGUAUCUUAAAGUUUCGUCCUUCCUUGUUUUUAUUCCUGCCGUAGAGGGUGGCUCAAGGAGGAAGAGGACGGGAGAGUUAAUGAAAAGAAAGAACUGAAAUAGCUCCUUCCAGAAGAAAAGGGAAGCCAGCUUGGCUGCAGACCCCAGGCUUACAAAGCAGCAGCCCUGCCUGCGAGCAGGGUGGUGGCCAGGGCAAUGGUGGGAGCCCCGAAGAUGCCCCAUGGCUGCUGAGGGGGCUGCCCGGGCAGGGAGCAGAGCGGCGGGCAUGCUGUGCAGUCUCUGGGUCCUGGUGCUGGUGUCCUCAGUUCUGGCUCUGGAAGAGGUCCUGCUGGACACCACUGGAGAGACAUCUGAGAUUGGCUGGCUCACCUACCCCCCAGGUGGGUGGGAUGAAGUGAGCGUCCUGGACGACCAGCGCCGCCUGACCCGGACCUUCGAGGCAUGCCACGUGGCAGGGGCCUCCGCGGGCACCGGGCAGGACAACUGGCUGCAGACACACUUCGUGGAGCGGCGCGGGGCGCAGAGAGCCCACAUCCGCCUGCACUUCUCCGUGCGCGCCUGUGCCAGUCUGGGCGCGGCCGGGGGCACCUGCCGGGAGACCUUCACCCUUUACUACCGCCAGGCGGAGGAGCCCGACGGCCCCGACAGCGUCCCCGCCUGGCACCUCAAGCGCUGGACCAAGGUGGACACCAUCGCGGCCGACGAGAGCUUCCCAGGCUCCUCGGCCUGGGCGGUGGGGCCCCGGGGCGCCGGGCAGCGGGCCGGGCUGCAGCUCAACGUCAAGGAGAGGAGCUUCGGGCCGCUCACGCAGCGCGGCUUCUACGUGGCCUUCCAGGACACCGGGGCCUGCCUGGCCCUCGUGGCCGUCAAGCUCUUCUCCUACACCUGCCCCUCCGUGCUCCGCGCCUUCGCCUCCUUCCCUGAGACGCAGGCCAGCGGGGCCGGGGGCGCCUCCCUGGUGGCGGCCGUGGGCACCUGUGUGGCCCACGCGGAGCCGGAGGAGGAUGGAGGCGGGGGCCAGGCAGGGGGGAGCCCCCCCAGGCUGCACUGCAACGGGGAAGGCAAGUGGAUGGUAGCCGUCGGGGGCUGCCGCUGCCAGCCGGGCCACCAGCCGGCCCGCGGAGACAAGGCCUGCCAAGCCUGCCCUGAGGGGUCCUACAAGGCCAUGGCUGGGAACACCCCCUGCUUACCGUGCCCUGCCCGCAGCCACGCCCCCGAUCCUGCAGCCCCCAUCUGCCCUUGCCUGGAGGGCUUCUACAGGGCCAGUUCAGACCCCCCAGAGGCCCCGUGCACUGGGCCUCCAUCGGCUCCCCGGGAGCUUUGGUUCGAAGUGCAGGGCUCAGUGCUCAUGCUGCACUGGCGCCUGCCUCAGGAGCUGGGAGGGCGAGGGGACCUGCUCUUCAACGUGGUGUGCAAGGAGUGUGGAGGCCACCAGGAGCCGGCCCCGGGCAGCGGGGGCGCCUGUCGCCGCUGCAGGGACGAGGUGCACUUCGACCCCCGCCAGAGGGGCCUGACGGAGAGCCGAGUGUUGGUUGGGGGGCUCCGGGCACAUGUGCCCUACAUCUUGGAGGUGCAGGCUGUGAACGGGGUGUCAGAGCUCAGCCCCGACCCUCCCCAGGCUGCUGCCAUCAAUGUCAGCACCAGCCACGCAGUUCCCUCCGCAGUCCCGGCGUUGCACCAGGUGAGCCGGGCAUCCAACAGCAUCACAGUGUCCUGGCCGCAGCCUGACCAGACCAACGGGAACAUCCUGGACUAUCAGCUCCGCUACUACGACCAGGCAGAAGAUGAAUCCCACUCCUUCACCCUGACCAGCGAGACCAACACGGCCACCGUGACACAGCUGAGCCCUGGCCACAUCUAUGGCUUCCAGGUGCGGGCGCGCACAGCGGCAGGCCACGGCCCCUAUGGGGGCAAGGUCUAUUUCCAGACGCUGCCUCAAGGUGAGCUGUCCACCCAGCUUCCGGAGAGACUCUCCUUGGUAAUUGGGUCCAUCCUGGGGGCCUUGGCCUUCCUCCUGCUGGCAGCCAUUACCGUGCUGGCCGUGGUCUUCCAGAGGAAGCGGCGUGGGACAGGCUACACAGAGCAACUGCAGCAGUACAGCAGCCCAGGGCUUGGGGUGAAGUAUUACAUCGAUCCCUCCACAUAUGAGGACCCCUGCCAGGCCAUCCGAGAAUUUACCCGGGAGGUGGAUCCUGCAUAUAUCAAGAUCGAGGAGGUCAUUGGGGCAGGCUCCUUUGGAGAAGUCCGCAGGGGCCGCCUGCAGCCCCGGGGACGGCGGGAGCAGGCUGUGGCCAUCCAGGCCCUGUGGGCUGGAGGCGCCGAGAGCCUCCAGAUGACCUUUCUAGGCCAGGCUGCAGUGCUGGGCCAGUUCCAGCACCCCAACAUCCUGCGGCUGGAGGGCGUGGUCACCAAGAGCCGGCCCCUCAUGGUGCUGACGGAGCUCAUGGAGCUGGGCCCCCUGGACAGCUUCCUCAGGCGGGAGGGCCAGUUCAGCAGCCUGCAGCUGGUGGCCAUGCAGCGGGGAGUGGCCGCGGCCAUGCAGUACCUGUCCAGCUUCGCCUUCGUGCACCGCGCGCUCUCUGCCCACAGCGUGCUGGUGAACAGCCACCUGGUGUGCAAAGUGGCCCGUCUCGGCCGCAGUCCUCAGGGCCCAGGUUGUAUGCUUCGCUGGGCGGCCCCAGAGGUCAUUGCACACGGAAAACAUACGACUUCCAGCGACGUCUGGAGCUUUGGGAUAGUGAUGUGGGAAGUGAUGAGUUACGGAGAGCGGCCCUACUGGGACAUGAGUGACCAGGAGGUGCUAAAUGCAAUAGAGCAGGAGUUCCGGCUUCCCCCACCUCCAGGCUGUCCUCCUGGACUACAUCUGCUCAUGCUAGACACUUGGCAGAAGGACCGUACCCAGAGGCCUCAUUUUGACCAGCUGGUGGCGGCAUUUGACAAGAUGAUCCGAAAGCCAGACACUCUGCAGGCUGACGGGGGCCCUGGGGACAGACCUUCCCAGGCCCUCCUGAACCCUGUGGCCCUGGACUUUCCUUCUCUGGACUCACCCCAGGCCUGGCUUUUGGCUAUCGGACUAGAGUGCUACCAAGACAACUUCUCCAAGUUUGGUCUCUGUACCUUCAGUGAUGUGGCUCAGCUCAGCUCGGAAGACCUGCCCGCCCUGGGCAUCACGUUGGCUGGCCACCAGAAGAAGCUGUUGCACAAUGUCCAGCUCCUGCGGCAGCACUUGAGGGAGCUGGGCUCGGUGGAGGUCUGAGGCCUGGGCGGGCGGCUGUGAGCUGAGGAGGCCUUUGUCCCCGCCCUGGCACUCGGGUCCAGGAGCGACACCUGGAACGCCAGAGACCAUCUCUGUCUUGGCCUCAGCGAGAGAGGCACACCUGCCACACAACACCCAACCCUCUGGACGCUUCACUCCCUAGUCCUCCGCCCUCCUCCGCCCUCCCCCGCAUUAAAGGGAAAGAAGAAACUUUGCAAAUCGGA